AACUCUUCUUCUGUUGAUUUCGAAAAUAAAAUAAAAUUUAUUUAAUAGUUAAUAAUAGUUAUUUAAUAGUUUUAGAUUUAAUUUUAAGUUGACCUUUAAUUUAUGAAAUGGCUCAGCAGAUGGAAAAAAAUGUUGCUUCGGCUGUAACCGAGGAUCAGGAAGAGGACGACUGUGGACCCCUUUUGAUCGGAAAAUUGGAGGGCAAUGGAAUAACGGCGGGUGAUAUUAAAAAGCUAGCCGAAGCCGGAUUCCAUACAGUUGAGGCAGUUGCCUUCGCUCCGAUUAAACAUCUGGUUGCCAUCAAAGGGAUAUCGGAGGCCAAAGCCGAGAAGGUACUGCUAGAGGCAACCAAAUUGGUCCCGAUGGGAUUCACCACUGCCACCGAGUAUCACCAGAAGAGAUCGGAGAUCAUCCAGCUGACAACUGGCUCAAAAGAGCUGGACAAAUUACUCGGUGGAGGUAUCGAAACCGGAAGCAUCACAGAACUAUUUGGUGAAUUCAGAACAGGAAAAACUCAAAUUUGUCACACAUUGGCGGUUACAUGCCAACUUCCGGUGAGCCAGAAUGGUGGCGAAGGAAAAUGUUUAUACAUAGACACUGAGGGUACAUUCCGACCGGAGCGGUUGCUUGCGGUAGCCGAGCGGUACAAGCUAGUCGGUAAAGACGUGCUCGAUAAUGUGGUCUACGCGCGAGCCUUCAAUUCCGACCAUCAGAUGAAACUCUUAGUCCAAGCUUCGGCUAUGAUGGUUGAAUCUCGCUACGCUUUGCUGAUCGUAGAUAGCGCGACGGCACUCUUCCGGACAGAUUACAGUGGUCGGGGUGAGUUGAACGCUCGACAGGUUCAAUUGGGAAAGUUCUUGCGAAUGUUGCUUCGAUUGGCGGAUGAGUUUGGAGUGGCGGUUGUUAUAACGAACCAAGUUGUUGCACAGGUGGACGCGGCAGCUAUGUUUACGCCAGAUCCGAAAAAACCUAUUGGAGGUCACAUAUUGGCGCAUGCCUCAACGACGCGCUUGUAUCUGAGGAAGGGUAGAGGUGAGACACGAAUAUGUAAGAUUUAUGAUUCGCCAUGUUUACCUGAGAGUGAGGCCAUGUAUGCAAUCAAUGCGGAUGGAAUUGGAGACGUGAAGGAGUGAUUCUGGAGAAUAAGGUGAGGUUUGAAGAUUGAGCAAAUCAACUCUGCUGUACGAAUUGGUUACAAUCAAAUUUGUUUCUUGUUUUAUACGUUGAAUUACAUGUUCUGUAUAGAACUACAUUUUCCA